AUGGCACGCACUAUCAAGACCGUUGGGGUUGUGGGAACUGGAGUCAUCGGAGCUAGUUGGACUGCUUUGUUCCUCGCACAUGGACUUCGCGUUCUAGUCUCCGACCCUGCCCCUGAUGCGGAAGAGCGCUUAACAGGCUAUUUAAAAGGUGUAUGGCCUUCCCUUCAACAGCUAGGUCUACACCCAGAAGCAUCGCUAUCCAAUUGCACGUUCGUCGGCGAGAAUUUCGAUGAUCAUUGUGGAAAGGUUGAUUUCAUUCAAGAGAAUGCACCAGAGAAAUUGGACUUAAAGCGUCAGCUUUUUGCAUCCUUGGAUGCUAAGACGAAAAAAGACGUGAUUAUCGCUUCAUCUUCGUCAGGAAUUCCCUCCUCUCAAUUCAUCACUGGGUGCCAGAACCCUGAGCGUAUCCUCAUCGGCCAUCCAUUCAACCCUCCACAUUUGAUGCCUCUUGUCGAGGUUGUUCCUCACCCGCGUACCAGUCCUAAGGUCAUCGCGACGGCCAUCGAAUUCUACAAGUCUCUUGGAAGAUCGCCUGUUCAUAUCCACCAGGAAACUCCCGGCUUUGUUGCCAACCGCUUGCAGGUAGCUUUGGACAAUGAGGCCUAUAGCCUCGUGCAGAGAGGGAUCAUCUCUGCCGAGGACUGCGACUUGUGUGUUACCACCGGUCCUGGACUUCGAUGGGCAUUUACAGGGCCUUACAUGACUAAGGUUCUUGGUGGUGGUGGAGGUCCAGGGGGGUUCCGUCACCUUGUUACCCAUUUGGGACCAGGUGCGCAGAAGUGGCUUGAAGAUAUGAGGGAGCAUGCAUACGUCCGAAAUGAUGCCAAUAUUGACAAGCUUGACAAGAGUGUGCAGGAGAUGUUAGUCAACAACCACCCCAAGGACGUGGAACAGCAGCGAGAUGAGGGUCUCAUUGAGGUUAUCAGGCGCAAGCGUGACUUCAUUCCUAAAUCAUUCUGGGAAGCAGUCUGA